AUGCAAGCUCUUGAAGCUCCUGAUAGCGAUGGACAUUUCCGAAGAUUGUUUCUAUGGCCACGUGUGUUUCUGGAAAAGCUGGCCAAGUACUCUGCCAGCUCUGUGGAAGUCCUAGUUGACAGGUAUCGUGAAGGCCUGUCCGUGGUCACAGAUUUUUCCGGUGUUGGUUCUGCUGAGAUAGCUUGCUUAUUCAUUGAACAUGGUCUGAAGGACUCAGGCAGUGAGAUUUUCUCGUCGCCUGAGUAUGUGGGCUUGCGUUGUCGACGAGCAUCUGACUCCAAUCCAGCCUGUCGCAGAAUCUUGUUGCAUGAUGAUUGCAACCCUGAUUUUCAGGGUGCUUCGCAUAGUGCAGUGUCUGGCCAGGCUCAUGGCUGUAUCUUUGGGUCACUAGAGGAGAGGGUUGAGCCUGAAGUUUUGCAGAAGCUUCGCCGUAUGCAAGGUGCAUGCAAAGACAACGCCGAUUCUGAACUUGAUAAAGCUGCUGAAGAUUCGCACAGGAGCAUCAUCAGGAAGUGGGGCAGAGAGUUUGUGCGGAUGGCUGUGCAAUUCUUACAAAAAUCAGUUACAGAAUUACCAACCAAGGUGUGGUGUUAUCGACAUGAGCAGGCCUGUCCAUUCUGUGUCACGCACGAGCAGGGGGGGAUUGAUAUCGCCAUCGCUGGACCGCCUUGUGUGGAUUGGUCCCAGAUAGGGCAGAGACAUGGGUGGCUGGGCGAUGGGGCCAUCCCUUUUUUGCUGUGGGCACAUGAGCGGCGGCUUUGUCGCGAAAGGAUCACUAUUAUGGAAAAUGUUGUUGGCUUCGAUGAUGAUAUCUUAGAUGUCGUAUUCCCAGGCUAUAUCACUACUGUGUUUCCAGUAUCUCUGCGGCAGUUAGGUAUUCCAGCCCACAGAGACAGGAUAUACAUUGUGAUUCUACUGCCAGGGGCUUCGUGGCUCUUGAGCGAGCCGCGAGUUGUGUUUGCUGAGAUCUUUACAGAGCAGUACUUGCUGACUAAUUCCAGCCAGUUCUAUUCAGCUCCCAAGGAUGUGGUAGACAGAAACCAUGAAUGGCAGGCCAGGACUCGAGGACUGCCAGCCAGCCCCUCAUCCGGACGUGCGUGGCAGGCAAAGCAUGUCAUGAGUCAGCCAAUGGUGAAGCGAGUCCGUGCAUGGGAAGAGGCCGUACGUGCAGACCUCGGAUUGGACAGAAACCAAAGAGCCCAUGUGUUCAUGAAUGCAGCACAGUCUGCUGGGCGCUGUGGUGUCAUGGAUGUGCUGCCGACUCUCAUCACAAACGCUCACAUUUGGAGCAUGCACUCUCAGAGGCUGCUGUUGGUUCAAGAGAUGUGGGAAGUGCAAGGCUUUUCAAUGUUUGAGAAGGGUAUUCCUACUGAGUACAUGUGCCCGUUCCGCGUCUGUGUGCUAGAUGCUCUGGCUGCAUUGGAGUCGUCGCCGGAGGCUUCGGCGACUCGAACCGGUCGCCGCUGUGCUAAGAGGCCACGUGACUGGCAGCUCAGUCAUCACGACUUGCGAGUGAUGGCUGGAAAUAGCAUGAGCCUUCAGUGCAUGGGUGCUAUACUCCUCUUCGUCUUGACGUUCGUCCGCUGA